CCAGCUGUUUAGCCUGUGUGUUUUUUUUAGACUGGUGCUAGUCGGUCAACACGUGGGGAGGAGAGGCUGACUUUCCACACAGGGACACGUUUGAAGACUCUCUACAUUAUCAGCAGUAUCGCUCUCAUAGUGGCGGCACCGAGGACCGUGAAAUACUGUGUAGCUGUUAGCGUCCUGAGGAAAUGCCGCUGAGGUUUCGCUCUGUCGUUCCCUACACGCUGCCCGGAGUCCUCGCACUGAUCGGCUGGUGGUGGUACAUCUCACGGAAGAAAGACCGCCUGAUAGGCCAUGAUGGUCCCGAGGGGGCCCCCGCCGCGAUUGGCCUGAGAACGUCUUCGACAGAAGGGAGCAACGGAUUGGUGGAGAAAGGCACAGAGAGCCCUACAAAUGACACAGUUAGCUCCGCCCACAUACCUGCACAGGGCGGGAACCCGAGAACACAACAUGUUUCCUCGGAAGUAGCGCCAAUAUGUGAGGACGCUGCUCCUCACCUGGACAGAGUCCCACCCCUCUCCGCUCAGACUUCACCUGGGAAAGAAGAAGAAGAGCUACAGCUGUCACUGAAGGAACAGAAAGAGCCGGAGAGAAGCUCGCUAUCAGAGCCGGAGCCAGCAGCAGAGGAGGCCAUCGUGUCCUCGCAGUCUACCAAAGUGUCAAGCUCCCCCUCCCUCUCUGACGCAGAGCGGCCAGAGCCCGAGGGGGAGGUCUCAAAGCACCACAGCACUGUAAAUGCACAGGAAGAAAUGCUAGUCUGUACCCUGACCCCCGCCAGAGUCCAGAGAGUGACCCCAUCAGAGGCUGACUCUCUGGAGACCCCGCCUUCAGCACAGGAUUUCCACCAACACGUCCUGACCAGCACGCCGGCCUUCCCCUCCACGUCUCUGGCCUCCACAUCCCUUAAUGCCAUCCAGGACUCCUCGGCUCACUCGUCAGAGACCACCCAGGAUGACCAGGAGCCGGAUCUGGAGCUUCUGGCAGCUGGACUUAUAACUGAGGUCAUCUCGGCAGCCACCCAGGAGGUCCUUGGUGUCACCAGCAGCCAGGUAACAGACCGCAGCGGCAGACUCUGCUCCCAACAUGAGCCAAUCAAAGCGGAGCAGCUCCACCUGCUGACCAGCCCGUCACAGAGCAAUAAGGAGGGGAUGUCUAAUGGCAUCUCCUCGGCUGCAGGAUGGGAGCCUGCAGAGCUCCGAAGUCAUCAGACACUCGGUGCACAGAGAGGACACUGGCCGGCUGCUCAGAGCUCGUCUCUACUCAACAAGCUGAGAGGAGACGAGGCGGCGGCGCUCGCCGAGGACUCAGCCUGCAGCACAUGUCACUCCGAGGACGGUGUCAGCAGCGAGGACCUGCACAACAGCAUGUUUGACAACCACACGGACAUCAUCCAGGUGACAGACCUGUCGGUGAGAGAAACCUCCCAGACUCCGUCACUGGUGGAGUCGGCAGCAGAGGAAACGAUUCAGGCUGAAGGGGACGACAUCUCGGUGGACGCUGCAGGAGACAUAAAGAGGCUGAACGGGAUGGGACUGAGGAACGGAGCGCAUGGGGCGUGUGAGGAGACGGAUCAGUCCGGAGGCUCUGAUGUGAACAGUAUGGACUCGGUGGACAGCGGUUGCACGAUGGGCCUUAGCGACAGUCAGAGUAACCACGCGGCGUCCUCCAGCUCGGAGCUCAUCAUCUGGGAAAUCGAGGUGCCAAAGCAUCUGGUCGGCCGGUUAAUCGGGAAACAAGGGAGAUACGUGAGCUUCCUGAAGCAGAACUCGGGCGCCAAGAUCUACAUCUCCACUCUGCCUUACACACAGGAGUUCCAGAUCUGUCACGUGGAGGGCACGCAGCAGCAGGUCGACAAAGCUCUGUCCCUCAUCGGGAAGAAGUUCAAAGAUCUGGACCUGACCAACCUUUAUGCACCGCCUCCGCCCCCCCUCACGUUACCAUCACUUCCUAUGACCUCGUGGCUCCUGCUCCCCAGCGGCGUGACGGUCGAGGUGAUCGUGGUGAACAUCGUGUCGGCGGGUCAUGUCUUCGUGCAGCAGCACACACACCCCACGUACCACGCCCUGCGGAGCCUCGACCAGCAGAUGUUCCUGUGCUACUCGCAGCCGGGCACGCCGGCGCUGCCCUCACCUGCUGAAGUUGGCGUGAUCUGUGCAGCUCCGGCAGUGGAGGGAGCGUGGUGGCGAGCUCAGGUGAUCACCUUCUACAAAGAAACGAACGAGGUGGAAAUCAGAUAUGUCGACUACGGAGGCUACGACCGAGUCAAGAUCGACUCGCUACGACAGAUCAGGUCUGAUUUCGUGACACUCCCGUUUCAAGGUGCUGAGGUUUUACUCGACAACAUCGCUCCUCUUCCAGGAGAGGAUCGCUUCUCAGCCGACGCCACGUCAGCGCUGGAGGAGAUGACCAGAGGAGCGGCGCUGCUGGCCCAGGUCUCGAACUACGACAACAACACGGGCCUCCCUCUGGUGCACCUGUGGAACAUGGUGGGAGAAGAGGUGAUUUCAGUGAACCGCACACUGGCGGAGCGAGGUCUGGGGGUUUGGGUGGACGCUUUCUGAACUCCUCACAUCCUCUGAGCUCCAUCUUCAUCCUCCACCCUCAUCAGGACCCGGGUCACCCACCACUGGAUCGAUAAAGUUUUCUUUUGUUUGUUUUUUGUUCCCCCCCCCCCCCCUCCCCCCCCCCCUCAAAUUCUUAUUGAAAAGAAAUUUAAAAAAUAGUUUCCAGGCAUGGAUCCUCGGAGAACACGCCGUGCUUCACAAUAAUACGACUUCCUGUCCUGAUCAUGAACGUUGAAAGAAUUUCAACAAGGACGGGAAUACUUGUAAAUGUUUUCUUUUUAAAAAAAUAAAUCUAUAUUGUAACUCAAUAAAGGUUCAACUGACAUCACGUUCUGCUCCCCGACCAUCCUACGUUCACUGACUGGAUCGUCACUCGCUCCUUGGCUGUAGGUCGCACGUUUUGGGUGUUUUUGGAUAAAAAGGGGGUCAGUAUUGCUGCAGAGACUCCUCAGGGUCUCUAUCCAGCGCCAACUGCGGGACUACUUUUUCUCGUCCUUGCAGUGCGUCACAGACGAACAGCUGAGCGCACAGAAAGCAGCUCCUCUCCUCUGAACAUUUCUCAGACUAAGGAUUAAUCUCACCUCAGCGCCACAAGGAGAUCAUCAUCAGGGUUUUUUUUUUUUUUUCUGGUCUCAGACCACUGAGCUCCUCGUCUUUAAAGUCCAGAAACAAUAAUUAACAUUUCACCGACAUGAAUCUCAGACGUUCACCCCGCUUGGAUUCCCACAUCGUUAGAGUUCAAACUAAUUUCAACUUCUGAUCAGACGUCUUCGUCCUGGCGUUGCCUUGUUGGACCGGAUAGGACUUUAAGGUUUCACAUCGACCAAUCAGAAUCUCUAACUAUGAUGUCAUCUCCUUCCUCCCAAUCAUGUGGAGUGUUUCUCAUGAACUUAAAUUCAUCGUUCAAACAUGAAGACGUGGAAAAGGUCUAGUGUGGUGAACGUGGCGAGUAUUUCUGCUGCUGACGGUUUAAACAGCGAUGUGUGCACUGAUUUACAAUCAUUAAUGAUUCUGUUGAUUAAACGUUUGUGUGUGUGUUAGAAUCAGGAGAUGAGAUGUCCUAACAUGAGGACCAGGGGCGUGUCCAGAGGCUUGUCCCCCUUGAAAUCUAAUCGCCAUGAAGAACUGCGAGCGAACUCCAGCAGGAAAAACAAAUGUAUUCUAAACCUUCCUGUUCUUUAAAUAGCUAAAGUCUUCUUGACUUUUGGAUAGUUGCAGUUAUUUACUGCUUUGAGUUGUAAAUUUAGACCAAAAGCACAUCAUCUUUUUGAGUUACUAAAAAAAUAAGCUAAGAGAAAAGUUAGUCACUCUGGACGUUCAGAUAUCAGACAGGAAAUGCUAUUCGUUUGUUUGUUUGUGCACAAACUUCAGGCCUCCCCCCUGAAUAAGUCAGGACCCCAGCUGGUCCCCCUAGCCAUGAUAGUCUGGACACGCCCCAUAUAAGGACAAAUGAUGCGUUCCAUUAACCUCGUAAGUCAGAGCUGGUGAUGACGUCACGACUGAGUUAAUGGCGUUCCACUAACUCAUUAGUAACAUGGAGGCCUCCAAGAGAAUGUUUGUUAGCUUAAAGCUGAAGACAAGCUACGUGAAGGUUUGAGAGAGUACUGACGCUGUGAUGGAUUUAAUGACACUAAAACAAAACUAAAUCUCUAAUGAACACUUCAAUGUGCAGCUUCAACUACUGUGGAUGCUCAGAGCAGCCAUGUUGGAUUUUCACUCAGACUACUGAAGUUUUCGAGUUUCGACUUCCAGAGUUGUUCGUGAUGCCGUAUCAGACCAGCAACUUGAUAUUUCUGACUUCUGAGAUCAAAUUAAACGCACCAAAACCCAUCACAGUUGAAGUUUAGAAUAGAGCGCUUGAUCUCAUAUUGAGCUUAUUCCACAUUGCCACAUUAUCGUCACAUUAUCGCCACACGGAGGUCAGUUUCCUCUGAAGCGACACCCUGAUUGCAAAGCUAAAUGUAAAGUCGAGCAGCUGAUGAACUGUAAAAACAACCUGAGGAAUAAUAAACUCACCACUUCUUGAUUUAUGAGCAAUAAAGAAUAAACUGACACUAUAUAUUUAUUUAAAGUUAAAACAUCGUCUCUAUAACCCAUUAGCAACUUCGGUACAAAAGUGAAUGUUAGCAUUCUGCUACAACUAAGCUAACCUGCUAGGAGUGGCUUAAUACUAACCCCACCAGUCAAUGGGAAAGGGCUAAUUCACAGCUAAUGAUGUUAGCUAGCAAAGUGUUUGUCAGCUGGAAUAAAUAUUAGCUUUUGGUAACUAAAAAAAAGUUAGCUAGCUGAUAUCAUUAGCGUAAAAGUGCACCUUUCCUUUUCUAUUCCUCUAAGAGCAGGAAGUGGUAGAAUGCUAACAUGAGCUGUCUGUCUGAUAGCAUGCUAACAUGAGCUGUCUGUCUAAGGGGUUCAAAACAUGGUGUUUAAAAAGCGGUUAAUUUAUGUCGCCCGGGUGGAUUUAUUAAACUUAAACUAUGUACGAACUUGAACUCGGGAUUACGACUUCAUUACUGUUUUAGCUCCGUCUGUCGUGAUCGUUUUAGUCCUCAUUCUGGUUUUAAGUUAGUUUGGCUCUGAGGCCUUAAAUCUGAGAAACGUGAAGUCAUUCUGGUUUUCGGGGCCUAAACCAGGAAACCAGUUCAGCUCGGUCUUGCUCGCUGUGGGGUCAUGGUCGGGGUCGCAGGUGCGCCCAGAUUAAUUAGAACAUGAACUCUGUAAUAAUAUCAAAAGGGAUGACAUUUAAAAUCAGUGGGCGGUUCAUUUGAUUAGUUUGUCCUCGUUGCUGAAGAAACGCGACUUGUCUCAAUCUCUCUUUGAUUUUAUGAACUAUGUCGAUCGAGCGUCACAAAGACAUCUCGUCUUUCUCCGUCAGCCUGAACAAACGCCAUGUGGUUCAUGUGUGAGCAAUAGUCAAACAUCCAAACCAAACGUCAAGUAAAUCCUCGACCUCUGAACCCUUCAUCGUUUAAAAUGAUUGUCGAGAGGAGCGCCGCGUCGGUAGGAUUUGUCUCUAGGUCAGUUCCAGGUUACGUAGCUGUGCAUGACUCACUGGUCAGACGGACUUUGAGGGUCAAAGGUGAUCGCUACAGAUUGCCUCGUGUGAGUGCGCCCUCAGAUGGCUCCGCCUCUCUUUCACUCAGAGCAGCUUUUUGUUAGAACUUGACCGAAGAUCCGUCAUUUUUUUAUUUCACGAAUUUCAACGUGAGGGCGCAGCUGGCGGGAGAUAAACGGGUUAUUGACCUUCAUGAAUUUAGACUUGAAUGAACUCAGCACAGGUCGUCCACAUGGUGGUGCUGACUGGGAGCAGUAGCCAUAUUGUCUACGGUCAGCGUGUGUUCACCUGGUCGUCGUCCCCCCGUCCCCCCCCCGAUCAAACUCCAGAUGUUGGUUUGUCUGUAAAUAAGAUGUCUGACUGUAAUUUUCUAUAACACUGGACAGAAAGAGAUAUAAAGGGAACAUGAUCAUGUUUGGUUUCUGUUUGUUUUGUUCUGGUCCUCCUCCUCGCCCUCGCCCUCCGUCACUCACUCACGGCGUGCGGCUGGUCUCUACGUGUUUGCAUAGUUAGACGACGAGUCGACCUUUGCAUUAUUUUUGAAGGGUGUGAAGUUCUUGUGCCCAGAAGCUUUUAACAUGUACAGGUUUUUGCUAGGCUCCUCUUCAGUUGAUUGUACAGAUCUGUUAGGAGAAAAGAAUAAAAGUUAUUCAAAGUG